AUGUCGAACAGAGACUCCGACAGCCCCUGGCCAUGGUUGUGGCAUGCUAAAGAAGCCAAUGAUGCAACUCCUAGGGCAACUACCACACUGCUUGUCAUAGCAAUCGCAGCUCUUAUUUUUUUCGCUUGGUUCAGGAGGCGGAAAAACACGAUGGCUCCAUUGCCGCCAGGGCCCCGAGGCAUGCCAUUCCUUGGGUACCUCCCAUUCCUAGGGACCCAUCUCCACCGGAAAUUCGCUGAAUUGGCUGAGACCUAUGGCCCCAUCUACAAACUCCGGCUUGGAAGCAAGUUAUAUAUUGUGGUUAACUCCGCUUCGCUGGGCAAAGAAAUUGUGCGGGACCAGGACAUGAUGUUCGCCAAUCGGGACCCGAAUAUCGCUGCUACCAUCGCAACAUACGGCGCAAGGGACAUUACCUUCUCAAGCCAGGGGCCUUAUUGGAGGAGUCUCCGCAAAUUGUUCAUACGGCAGAUAAUGAGCAAUGAGAGCCUUGAUGCCUGUUAUGAUUUGAGAAGGCAGGAAGUCAGGAAAGCUCUGAGUGAUCUGUAUAGAAGAUCCGGGGUCCCAGUAGAUAUCGGCGAAUUCACCCUUCUGCUCUUGAUUAACGUGGUGAUGGCGAUGCUGUGGGGCGGAACGCUUAAGGGAGACAAGUGCAAAGCUAUGGGCGCCGAGUUUCGAAAGGUGGUGGCCAGACUCAUGGAGCUCGUAGGUAGUCCGAAUGUUUCGGACUUUUUCCCGGCACUCGCUUGGCUUGACCUGCAAGGAGUGGAAAGGGACAUUAAAAGGGUGCAUCAGUGGCUUGAUGACUUUAUUCAGUCUGUUGUAGAUUGCGCCACUAAAGGAAGAACAAAUGAGCUGUUCGAGCAGAAGGAAGGAGAAUCUAAAACCAAUGAACAAAGAAAGGACUUUUUGCAGAUUUUCCUGGACAUGGAGAUGGAACUUGAAGAUGAUCAGUCUCCAAUGGACAAGACUGGAGCACUCAAAGCCAUUCUUACGGACGUCAUAGUUGGUGGUACCGAUACAACUGCAACAAUGGUCGAGUGGGUGAUGGCAGAGUUGCUGCAGAACCAAAAUCUGAUGAACAAAGCAGUCCACGAAUUGACAGAAGUCGUGGGGGAGGAUAAGAUGGUCGAAGAGCACCACUUGCCCGAAUUGAAGUACCUCAACGCUGUCAUCAAGGAAGCAUUUCGCUUGCAUCCGGCGCUGCCCUUAUUGGUGCCUCGGACCCCACAUGCUUCCUGUGUUAUCGGGGGUUACACGAUACCAAAAGGCAGUAACAUAUUCUUGAACAUGGGUUAUAUCCACAAGGACCCCAAGAUUUGGGACAAACCGUCGGAGUUUAGACCCGAGAGGUUCUUGGAAGAUCCCCAUGAGUAUGAUCUCUCGGGCAACAACUUCACAUACAUGCCUUUCGGUUCCGGUCGGAGGAUAUGUGCAGGGCUUCCGCUGGCAGAGAGGAUGCUAAAGUAUGUCUUGGCCUCUCUUUUGCAUUCGUUCGAGUGGGAACUACCGCGAGGGGCGGAGCUGGAAUUAUCGGACAAGUCCGGGAUUGUGGUCAAGAAAAUGAAUCCCCUGGUUGCCAUUCCCAGACCGAGAUUGUCCACUCCAGAGCUGUACAUGUCCAGAUAGAUCUUUUAUCAGAGUCUCAAGACUCUUCAUUUCAAUUCUACAACAUAAAAGUAU